GCGAGAUACUAUUCCAUCCUUUUCUCUUAUCCCAAGAUUCGCGUGCGGCCUAUUUUUAGUUUUAUACGCCCGAUCACCUACAGUCACGGGCUGGGCGCGAGGGAAAUGAAGUAUAAAAGACCGAUCAAGUGCCUGAACCAGUCAUUUUUUGGUCAGAGCACAUUCAACAUCGGAGUUCCAUUUGGCAUCCUAUCUUUUAUCCUCAGCAUUGCAAAGGCACCCUCACAUCAGCACACUUCUUACCAAGCACAAUCUUGCUGCAUUCGCAUCCACUUUCCCAAGCACGCCCACACCGUCAUUUAUCACGUCACCACAUCUGCAAUGUCUCGGUUCAACUCGCGCUCACGCUUCUCGCAUGCCCUGCUUGCCUGCCAAAUGACAAUAUGGAAAUGCAGCGUCUGCGGUGCGUGCUUUGAUAGCGAGCCCGAGGUGCAGGAGCACUUUGCCGCCGAACACCUGUUUGCGCCCCUGGACGAAUUCAUGUAAAGGAUUCUUUGACAAGGCUCCUUCCUGCAAUCACCCCUCUGCAUACCGUCACGAUUCCGUGGUUUUCUAUUUCUUCACGCAUCACCUGUAUUAUCUUUAUCCCCUCACUUUUUCUGGCACGGUGCGAGCGGCGCAUGGCUGACCAGACGCCACAUCUCUGGCGCCACGCACGG